AUGGCCCUGAUUGAUGAAGCGCUUGAGUUUCUGAAGCUGUGGACACUGUUAACUAUGCCAAGACUGCGCAUUGGCGAGAAAAUCGAGAAAUACGACAUCCUGCCUUGCAACACGUAUAAUGUGGACGAAAAGGGCUUUUCCUCGGCGUCAUCAAUCGUACCAAGAGUAUUCUCUGUUCGUGCCAAGAAGCAAGGAAAAUUGAUCGGUGCUGCGCAGGAUGGCAACAGAUCAUGGAUCACGUUCCUGGCAUGUGUCUGUCAAGACCUGACCGCGCUACCCCUGCUCUCAUCUACCAAGGCAAGCCAGGGCAAGUUCAGGACUCCUGGCUCACGGAGUUUGAUCCGGAGCACCAGCGGCGUUUUUCACAACCUCAGAAACGGAAAAGGCGCGAAACGGCGGGAUUACCGCCUCCUGAUUACCGACGGACACUCUAGUCAUGUCAAUAUGGACUUCCUGGAGUGGUGUGACCAGCAUCGGAUAAUCGUUGCCGUGUUUCCGCCGCAUUCCACGCACAGGCUGCAGCCCUUGAUGUGUCCCUUUGGCCCUCUUCGACCGCAUACACCAACCAGCUCAUCCAGUGGACUGCAAAGACACAGGGACUCAUCGGGCUAUCGAAACGCGAGUUCUGGUCGUUAUUUGGAACGCAUUCGGGUCAUCUUCUCGGCGGAGAACAUCGCAAGUGGUUGGAAACGGACCGGACUCCUCCCAUUUGACCCUGAAGUCGUUUUGUCGCAGAUCGCGGAGAAAACAGAAGAUGAGUCUGACAGCCCACUGCUCGAUUUGCGCCGACUUGUCGACAAGGUAGUCGAUGGAUCCUCAAAAACGCUAGCCGAGACAGUCGGAAGCUCAAAGUACUUCGAAAGUCUCCAAUCUCAGAACGAAUUGCUUCGAUAUGAGAAUCAGGGACUUCGGGAGACUAUCUUUCACGAAAAGCAGCGCAGAAUGCGCGGUAAAGCCUGA